AUGUCAAGAGUUGUUUCUUUAAUUCAAGGCAACAUCGUGACUCCUUCGGAGGUCAUCUAUGAUGGUUUUGUGGUUGUCGCAGACGGUGUUAUUGAAAAUGUGGGUGGCUCUGCGUCGUUGCCUUCGGAGAAUGAUCUACAGCAGCGCUACGAUAACGCCCAGAUCGAGAUUGUGGAGGGGGGCUUUAUCCUUCCCGGUUUUGUUGACAUACACAACCAUGGAAUAGGAGGUGCCGACGAUGUUAUUGGCUACUGGACGAACCCCGAAUAUACUCUCAGAGAGCUUGCACGGUGCGGAACACUUUGUGCUUUGGCAUCCAUUGUCUUUUCAGAUGAUCACAAACACCUUGUCAAAAAAUGUAUUGAAGAAGUUGAGAAGCGUGUGGGUGCUUAUAUU